AUGGGAGAAAUCAAUUCUCUCGUUGACGGCGUCAAGUCGCUGAUGCAGCGAGCCUUGCAGUACUAUGGUCGCGAGACAGGCUUCGGCACAAUGAGUGCUGCGCCCUACGACACAGCCCGGGUGGCUCUCGUGGCGAAGGAGGUGGACGGGAGAAAGCAAUGGCUUUUUCCCGAGUGCUUCGAAUAUCUUUUGGCCACACAGUCCAGCGCGGGAGGAUGGUCGUGGACAAAGAACGCGGGCGACGCGAGCAUUGACUCUAUCCUCAAUACGGCUGGCCCCCUCUUGGCUUUGAAACGUCACGCUGCCAACCCGCUUCAGCUUCAUCACGAUCCUCAAAUCCUGGCAGAGCGCAUAUCAAGAGCAACAGAGACUCUCAGGUCGCAUCUAGCCAACUGGGAUGUCUCGACCACGGACCACGUUGGCUUUGAGAUCAUCGUGCCUGCGAUGCUCGAAUUCCUCGAGCAAGAUGAUGCUUCUGAUUCCUCGGUCUUCGAUUUCGACGGCAGAGCGCCUCUUAUGAAGAUCAACCAAGCCAAGGUGUCUAGGUUUCGACCAGAGUACCUGUACGGGUCACACUGCAUGACAGCCCUUCACUCCUUUGAGUCCUUCAUUGGCAAAAUCGAUUUUGACAGAGUGUCGCAUCACAAGACGGGAGGCUCUAUGCUGGGGUCGCCUUCAUCAACUGCGGCAUAUUUGAUGCAUUCAUCAACCUGGGAUGACGAGUCAGAAGCCUACCUCAGGACAGUUGUCAGGCUUUCUGCAGGCCAGAACACAGGCGCCAUCCCAAGUGCGUUCCCUUCUACGUACUUUGAGACGUCAUCGUUGCUGUCGACAGUGUUGAGGGCUGGGUAUACACCUGCUGAACUGGAGUCAGCCGAGCUUACGCAGAUGACUGAGAUACUACGCGAGGCUUUUGAGCAUGAGGGUGGCGUGCUGGGCUUUGCUCCGUUCUUUGAGCCGGAUGUCGACGACAGCGCAAAGACAAUCACAUGUCUCACGCAAUUGGGACAACCUUCCAGCUCACGAAAGCUUAUCGACGUCUUUGAGGCGCCAACUCAUUUCCGCACAUAUGCUGGAGAGCGGGACCCAAGCCUGACUGCCAAUUGCAACUCACUUAUUGCCCUGCUGCAAUCGGAUCCACUUGGUUCUUCUAGCCAGAUCCUCAAGAUUACAAGGUUUCUCAGUGAUUACUGGUGGAAGAGCGACGGAAAGAUCAAGGACAAAUGGAAUACGAGUUACCUGUAUCCAUCAGUCCUGCUUGUGGAGGCACUGGUUGAUGUCCUGACGGUAGUAGAGCAGGGCAAGUUACCAGACGUCCUCGACGAGGAGACUUUGAGAAGACUCGCCAUCACUCUUUUUCAAGCCUGCUUCCGCCCACUUUUAGACCAGAAGCCUGGCGGCUCAUGGAACAACUCGGUCGAGGAGACGGCCUAUGGCGUCCUCAUCCUCGGCGAGGCUCGCAAGUUGCAUAUGUUUGACGACCUCCUCGAGCCUCUACACACGGCUAUCGAGCGCGCUGCCGCAUACAUGCGAGCCAACCAGGACCAGCCCGCUCGGUACAUCUGGAUAGAGAAAGUGAGCUAUCCCUCGCCCGUUGUUGCGCAGUCAUACGUCCUCGCCGCCCUACGCGUCGCCAGCGACACCUUGUCGCAGCGCAAAGCCCCUUCUAUCGGCUCAGGCGUGUGGGACAGGUCUCACGCAUCAGGCCUGCGCAAGCACGUCGAGCUCUUUUCCCAAGCACCCCUCUUUGCCGCGCAUCCUCGUUGGGAGCUCGCCGGCUCCAUGGUAGAGUCGUCCCUCUUCACCAACAUGGUGCGCAACCACAGGACGGCCGUGUUUGACCGCGCCGACGUGGGCGAGGACAAGUACUUUGACUUUAUCUACGAAAUGUCCAUCAUUGCGUUGCUGAACUUUCAGGUUGAUGAGUUUAUGGAGGCGACUGCUGGUCCAGGUUUCGUCGGUCAAUUUGAUCGUCUCCGUAAGCUUAUCUGUGAAAUGCUCGCUGAGGACCAGCCUGUUCCCAUUGUGCCAUACGAGACCCCAAAGUGCGUUGAGGACACCAAAAGUACUAACGGCACCGAGGGUAUCAAUAGUAUCGAUGAUACCAAUGGCACUCAUGAAGCCGACGGCACACAUGGCACCAACGGCACCCAUUCCACCAACGGUACUCAUGAUACCAAGGUAAAACUUGCCAACGGCACCAAUGGAAUGAAUGGGACCAGCAGCGUCAAUGGAACCAAGUGCAACCUCCCAGUCAACGCAAUCGACUUAACAGGCAGAAACCCUGCAUACAUCCGCGUUUUCUCCCACCUGUCCAAGUUUCUCAACUUCAUCUUGGAGCACAGGUGGGUCAAGACGGCCAGCGAGUGGGAUCAGAAGCUCCUCCGACGUGAGCUCAAGACGUACGUCUUGGGCCACACCCAGCAGGCAGAGGACAAUCUUGGACCUCGAGACCCUGUCACUGGACGAUCUCAGCCCGUGUCAACCAGGACAACCACGUUCUUCAACUGGGUCCGCACGACCUCGGCGGACCAUAUCUCUUGCCCUUACUCCUUCGCCUUCAUCUGCUGCUUCAUGGGGUCCACGCUCACCCCACAAGGUGGAGGCUCUGAUUGCUUCCCCUCGGCGGGCGAGAAGUACAUGGGCAACGCCCUGUGCAGGCACCUCUCGACAAUGUGCCGCAUGUAUAACGACCUAGGCUCUACCGAGCGCGACCGUGACGAGGGGAAUCUCAACUCGAUUGACUUCCCCGAGUUUGCGUCUCACAAGGACGUGAAGAGUAUGCAGAGGGCACUGUUGACGCUGGCCGACUACGAGAGACAGGCCUAUAUGGACACGCUGACGAGGCUGGGCAAGAUUGGGUCCGAUUACUGCGCCGAAGGUGAUGUGAAGGAUAAUGAGGGAGCGAGGCUGGGGGCGAGACGCAUGGCUAUUUGGUCCAUGUUCUGCGAGGAAGUCGACUUGUAUGGGCAGGUGUAUGUGGUGCGUGACAUUUCCGCCCACAUUGGCAGCGGCGUGCGCGCAAAUCUCGAUUCCAUGCGAGCCGCGGAGAUCGCGUCAUCGAACCCCGACAUGUCGCAGCUCCAGCAGUACCAGUAA